CCAACCAAUAUUAUGAAGAAGAAUAUGAUAAUGAAGAGUAUACUUCAAAAGAGUAUUAUGAAGAAGAAAAAUGUAAAAUCUACUUGAAUAUUAGAUCUAAACCUUAUCCAAAAAAUACUAUUUCUAAAAAUAAGAGAAAACAAGUAAAAUCUCAAAAUCCACUUAAACCUAUAAUUGUUGAUAAUUUGAAAAUGGAAGAUCUUAGACUAGAACUUAUACUUAGACUAAUUAAAGUUGAAAAA